ACCCUCUCUUAUUGUUCGCUUCCGCCUCUCAUUUGCUCUGGUACUGCCGCGCUCUGUAUUAGGGUUAGAUCUUUCAUCGUCGGGAACUAUGGCGACGGCGGCGACGGAAUCGGUGCAGUGUUUCGGACGGAAGAAGACGGCGGUGGCCGUGACUCACUGCAAGACGGGGAAGGGCUUGAUCAAGAUCAACGGAGUGCCAAUCGAGCUCAUCCAGCCGGAGAUUCUCCGGUUCAAGGUGUUCGAGCCGAUCCUGCUCCUAGGACGCCACCGCUUCGCCGGAGUAGACAUGCGCAUCCGCGUCAAGGGCGGAGGCCACACCUCCCAGAUCUACGCCAUCCGGCAGUCCAUCGCCAAGGCUCUGGUCGCGUAUCACCAGAAGUACGUCGACGAGCAGUCGAAGAAGGAGAUCAAGGACAUUCUCGUUCGCUACGACCGCACCUUGCUCGUGGCGGAUCCGAGGCGGUGCGAGCCUAAGAAGUUCGGCGGCCGUGGUGCUCGCGCCAGGUUCCAAAAAUCUUACCGUUAAGAAGCAAAUUCUACCGUUUUUAGUCACUUCAACCUCAUCUCCCUCUUAUUUCUUAUCAAUGAAAUCAGUUUUUUGAACUUCUCUAUUGAACUGUUAUUUUCUCUGUGUUUAUUGAUUUGGUUCAAGGAGGAAAAUCAUACAUUUCUUGAUUUCCCAGCUUUUUGUUUGAUUGAUGGAUUCUGGAGACAUAUUAGUGUUUUAAAUUUCUUCUUUGGUGCUUGGUUACUAGCUAUUAGUUUGUGUUCUUUUGACACCAAGGUCUCGUGCCAUAAUAACAUGACACACCCAUCCAUUUGACAACAAUAAUGCUAGGGGUAAAUG